UCUGCUAUCGCACCACGCCGCCCGAACGUUGGCCCGCACCGUCCUCCACCAACGAUCUUGCUCCUGAUGAUCAUCUCCUGAUGCGUGCGCUCGAAGUUCUGUAGGUGCUGUUGCUUUACCCUGGACACCACUGAAAGAUCAUGCCAGCAUACGAAAUGACUAUGAUUUUACGUAAAAUGGCGAAACCGGAGCUCACCAGUGCGCUCAAACGCAUGGGUGAAUAUGUACUGAAAAACGGAGCGAUCCUUCGCUACAUCCAAAACCUAGGCACGAAGGAACUUCCUCUCAAGAUGAGCAGACAUGGUCGGACGAAUUGGCACGGAAGCUACUUUCUUUUUCGGUUUGAUGCAUCACCGGAGCUUACAGUGGCAUUGCGUGGAGAGAUCAAACGAGACGUGGACAUUAUUCGUGCCACCUUCAUCACGCUUUCACCGCCAAAGACUAUCCAGUGCACACUCGAAGAAGAGAUGCAGCCACCUGCCUACCGACCCAGCGUGCAGGCACUCAUGGCACAGAGCCAGGUGAAGAAGAAACAGAUCUUCGAAAAACACACAGACGGUCCAGUCUGAGCAGAAAGUGGCUGUCGCACUUUUCUGCCUUUAGCAUUGUGCAUACUUCUUGUACAGUUAUAGUUUUUCUGCGAGUACUCAGCUUUUUUGUGCCUCACUACGAAUAAAGCCUUGAAGGAAUUCAACAUUACGCUAGCCGUUACUUAUCCAAGAUGUCACAGUCAUGCUCAGUAUCACCUACAACGUGACAGAAGCUGGCAUUAAGUUCAUUACAUUCUACAGUGCAGUAACAGGCAAAUGGGAAUGUAGAAUGCAGCGUUCCCUUUCACGUUA